UACGGUUCGCCGUCAGGGUCAAUCCGUACACAUUUGCAUUUUGUUAUUACCUGUAUUUAUUUAUAAGUUUUUAAGACACUUGCUAAAGGUAAAUAUUUGAAUAAAGUAUCAUAUAAUACAGUGAUAUUAUUAUGUAAUAUGAAAUAAUUCAUUACAAAGCAACUAUUUGUUUUAGUUUGGAAUAUUUAACAGUUCGGUUAGCUAAGGUAAGUUAGCCUAGCUAGCCGGUGGUCGUUCACUCGUUGUAAAAAUGGCUGCUGCUGUCCUGCAAGUGCGAGUCAACCAGGCUCUGAGAGCACAGCUACAGAAGCUGAUAUGGAGCAGAGGAGCAGUGAGACACGCGUCUGUGGGGAGGAUAGAGAAAGUCAUCAUUGCUAACCGAGGAGAGAUAGCAUGCAGAGUGAUGCGCACAGCGAAAAAGAUGGGUAUUCGUUCUGUGGCUGUGUACAGUGAUGCUGACAGGCACUCCAUGCAUGUGGCCAUGGCAGAUGAAGCGUACCAUAUCGGAGCAGCACCGUCACAACAAAGUUAUUUAUGCAUGGAGAAAGUUCUAGAAGUUGCCAAGAAAUCCUCGGCACAGGCUGUCCACCCUGGAUAUGGCUUCCUGUCUGAGAACACAGAGUUUGCUGAACUGUGCAAACAGGAAGGCAUCAUCUUCAUCGGGCCUCCAUCGUCUGCGAUUCGUGAUAUGGGCAUCAAGAGCACGUCCAAACACAUAAUGUCUGCUGCGGGCGUUCCCAUCAUUGAGGGUUACCACGGUGAAGACCAAUCAGAUGAGAAGCUUCAAGCUGAAGCUGCCAGGAUUGGUUAUCCUGUUAUGAUCAAAGCUGUACGAGGUGGAGGUGGGAAGGGAAUGCGUAUUGCUCGCUCGGAAGCAGAAUUUCAUGAGCAGCUGGAAUCUGCCAGAAGAGAAGCUCGGAAAUCGUUCAAUGAUGACGUCAUGCUGGUGGAGAAGUUUGUGGACAACCCCAGGCACGUGGAGGUGCAGGUGUUUGGGGAUCAACAUGGUAAUGCUGUGUAUCUGUUUGAGAGAGACUGCAGUGUGCAGAGGAGACACCAGAAGAUCAUAGAAGAAGCACCAGGGCCUGGUAUUAGUCCUGAAGUGAGGCGUAAACUGGGAGAAGCCGCUGUCCGGGCAGCUAAAGCAGUAAACUAUGUUGGAGCAGGCACUGUGGAGUUCAUCAUGGAUGCUCAGCACAAUUUCUACUUCAUGGAGAUGAACACUCGUUUGCAGGUGGAGCACCCCGUGUCUGAGAUGAUCACUGGUACAGACCUGGUGGAGUGGCAGCUCAGGGUGGCCGCUGGAGAGAAGCUUCCUCUCUCUCAGGAUGAGAUUGUGCUCCGAGGUCACUCGUUUGAGGCUCGAAUCUAUGCUGAAGACCCCAAUAACGACUUCCUGCCCGGAGCCGGACCCCUGCUGCACCUUUCCACACCACAGGAGGAGACACACACACGCAUCGAGACCGGAGUACGGCAAGGAGAUGAGGUUUCGGCUCAUUAUGACCCCAUGAUUGCCAAGCUGGUGGUUUGGGGAGAGGAUCGCUCAGCUGCUCUGAAGAAACUGCGCUACUGCUUACGCCAGUACAAUAUUGUGGGUCUCAACACCAACAUCGAUUUCCUGUUAAGUCUUUCGGGUCAUGCGGAGUUUGAGGCGGGAAACGUUCACACCAGCUUCAUCCAGCAGCACUAUGAUCAGCUGUUUCCCAAACCGACUGCACUGGGAGGAGACGUGCUGUGUCAGGCCGCCCUUGGACUUCUGCUGCAGGAGAGAGAACACACACUGGAGUUACUGCACCAGUCACAUGACAUGUUCUCUCCUUUCGGCUCGGGUAACGGAAACCGGCUCAAUGUGCUCUACUGCAGGAACCUGACACUACAGCUGGGGGAAAACAAAGUUACAGUAGCUGUGACCUACAAUCCAGAUGGGACGUACAGCAUGGAGACUGGAGGCCAGGUGUUCCAGGUGUUAGGUGAGCUGCAGAAAGUGGGCGAGGCCACAUACCUGCGCUGCUCUGUGAAUGGAGUCCUGUCUCAACCCAAACUGGUCAUACUGGACAACGCAGUUCAUCUCUUCUCCAUGGAGGGCAGUGCAGACGUGAAAGUGCCUUUACCAAAGUUCUUGGCUGGUGUGAGUUCUUCUGGGGCACAAGAUGGCGCUGUGGCACCUAUGACUGGAACCAUUGAGAAGGUCCUUGUGAAGGUCGGAGAUGCCGUGCAGAAGGGAGAUCCUCUCAUGGUGAUGAUCGCAAUGAAGAUGGAGCACACGAUCCGAGCUCCUAAAGCAGGUGUCAUUAAGAAGGUCCUGUUUAAAGAAGGUUCACAGGCCAAUCGUCACGCAGCACUGGUGGAAAUGGAAGAGGAACAGGAGGAAGCGGCACAAUCAUGAACAGAGAGCGAGUGUUUCUCUGAUAGACUUGACAUGUACAGUCCUCGGUUACUAACUCGAGUUCUUCAGCAUUGUAAAGUGACAUCAUGGCUCCGUGUAAAUGACAGGAACUCUUAUUGUUAGUGUUAUUAGUUACUGUUCUCUCAGAGAUCCUGAUUUUAUAUUAAUGUAACCCAAGGUUCAACACUAAUGUUUAACUGUUGUUUUCUGAUAUUUGUUUAAAAAAAAAACCUAAAAGAAACCUUGGUUUCUUUUCUUUUCUGCACAAACCCUGCGUUAGUGUUUCUCACAUGGGAUUUUUUUUGGUGUUGUAUCAUUUCGUAGCUUUUUCCCUCCCUGGUGUACAAUUAUCUUUUGUUGCCAUGCUCAUAAAAACAACAAACAUUCAGAAAUACAUAGCAGAUAUUUUUUUUCCUGAACAGUAAGAGGUUUACAUAGUAGGGAUUUCUUUUCUUUUUUUAAAAAUAAUAAAAAAAAAUUUAUAUUUUAUUGCAAUUUAGGAUUUGUCAUUUGGAACAUGGUCAGUCGUAAUGAUUCAUCAUUCGGCACAUGGCCAUGCAGUCAGUCGUAACGACUCGUCGUUCUGAAGGGGGUCAGUCGUAAACAUUCGUCAUUUGGAAGACGGUCAGUCGUAAAGAUUGGUUAUUCAAACACACUGAUCAUCAACAAAAAAGAGGGGGAAAAAGUCUUUAUGCAUAAACCCCAUGUGUACAAUACAGUAUUUUUUAAAAACAGUUUUAUUUUCUGUAAAUAGAAUUUCCAUAAACAGCAGUUGAACACUUUCACUGUUAGGACAGGACGAUUACAGUAACACACGUUGCUGACAUUGUUUUUUCUUUAAAUGGAAAAGGAUGGAAAUGAACCAGGAAAUGAAGCUCUGGCCUCACAGCCGGAGUGGACGAUCCCUGGUCCAGAAAUUCUUAUUGCUACUGUCUCUGACAACCACACACACGCGCUGAGCGAUCAGUGUAUUAGCUACAACACUGUAGUCACUAAUAACCUGGCAGCUGAGUGUGGAUAUUUUGACAUGAAUGGGGCCGGUUGUUGAUGAUGCCCUGUGUGUUCCCUGACAUAAAAAUUGAUUUAACAAACUAACCAAGAAGUAUGUAACUGACAGAAAAAUAAUUACAAUUCCUCUUCUGAUAUGUCUACAGUCUCUCCAUUCUUUCCAAAUAAGAUAAAAAACAAAAAAACAAAAAACAAAGCAAACUACAGUUUUAUAUCCAGUCUCAUGUCAGAGCUGUGACUGCUCACGAAUUUCUCUGUAUUAAUAUAUUAAGCAGGAUUUAUCAAAUCAUUACACACUUUAUAUUUAUAAAUAUAUAAAUAUAUUUAACAGGACUGAACAUUUUCGGUUGGUGCGUUCACUGAGAAAAUCGGUCAAAAUCACAGACAACAGCCAAAUGUAAACAGCCAAGACAUGUUUGCUUGUCUGGUUUUGUGCUGGAGCUAUAAUUAAACUAACAAAUAAUGAAAUCUGAUAGCUACAAGUUUAGCAUGUAGUUUCUGACACAGUUAUCAUCAUCAUCAAGUUGUAUUCUUCCUCAGCACAGUUUGGUGUUCGAUUCAGAAAGGGGCAAAUCCUGAAGUGUAAAGACAGAGUUGUGAUUCAGAUUCAGACAAUGUAGGUCACGUUUUUAUUUUUAAGUCACGUAGUAUCAGAUGUUGGUAUCGGAGUAUUUUUUAUUUUUUUGCAAGUAAAUGAGCAUGUUAUUAGACCGAUACCUGAUACCAGUGUGUGUAUCAGUGUGUCCCUAAUAAAAACUAAUAAUUUGAUGCACAGUGUUAAAGUAGUAGAUCUACAUUAUACAUCAGCCUUAUAGCUCCAGUGCAAAAAAAAAAAUGCAGCAAACUUUGUGCACUAAAAUAUUUUAGCU